CAACAGAUAGAGUCAGAAAAGGGUAUAAAUAAGACAGCGUCCGCCACAAAGACAUUCAACAACAGAAUUGAUUUAUACGUUGACAAUUGGAAGAAUUGCAAUUGGGUUCUUUCAAAUUGAAGUUUUCUUAAUUGGACUGUUUACGUAGAACGUAUUUCCUCACACACUCUAGUUUCCUAAAGCAUAGCAUAGUAUACAAUGUUGGCUACUGAACAACCAAAGCCUAGCUCUCAUGAACAGACUCACCCAAACGUCGAGGUGAAGAAACCUCUGUAUACACGACCGGUUGUUUUGACGACUUACCCAACACAAAACAAGUCUGAUCCUUUCCCUCUAAAUUGGGGAGCAUCGUCACCUCAGAAGCGUGGCCCUAUAACGGUUGCUCGUUCCAUUGAGACCCUUCCUCACAGAAACGCUAUAGGAGCUCAUGGCGGUAGUUACUGCGUCUACAACUCGUUGGCCGUGGCCGGUGGGUUUUUGCCAGCUGAUCAUCACCCGGAUUUUACUCUCACAGAACCUACCUUUGAUGUUCCUAAAGUUGCUUCCUGGCACGACAAGAAUAAGAUUGUGGCCAUGGAUCCCUAUGGUCAUGACACCCCUCGUUAUUUCAAAGAGUACUUGGAGAAGGGAUAUGACAUCCGUCCCACCAUUGCUAUUACUCGCGCAAACAUCCGAGUGACCGAAAUCCAACGCUCUGUCGAAAAUGGGUCUCUCAAGGUAGACGGCAAAAUUGUACUCAACAAGGAGGGAGACAUUGCCGUCACGAAGGUGGCAGUAGAGCCCGUUUGGUAUCUUCCGGGAGUCGCCGAGCGAUUCGACGUGGACGAGAUUACCCUUCGUAGAGCCCUAUUUGAACAAAUGGGUGGUGCUUAUCCAGAAUUAAUUACCCGUCCGGAUAUUAAGGUCUUUCUUCCACCCAUUGGCGGUGCUACUGCUUACAUCUUUGGUCCUCCCGAAUACUUGAGUGAUCCCACGAAAAAGUUGGCUGUCCGUGUCCACGACGAGUGCAACGGAUCUGACGUUUUCCAAAGUGACAUUUGCACCUGCAGACCUUAUUUGGUUUUUGGUAUUGAAGAAGCCGCCAAAGAAGCACAGAAUGGUGGUGCUGGUCUAGUAGUUUACUACCGCAAAGAGGGCCGUGCUCUUGGUGAAGUCGUUAAAUAUCUGGUUUAUAAUAAGCGUAAGCGUACUGGAGAUACCGCUGAUCAGUACUUCCGCCGAACUGAAGAGUUGGCGGGUGUUCGCGAUAUGCGUUUCCAAGCUUUAAUGCCAGACAUCCUCCAUUGGUUCGGAAUUACCAAGAUUGAUCGCAUGCUUAGUAUGUCGAACAUGAAGUACGAUGCAAUUGUUAAUUCUGGAAUUCCUAUUUUGCAACGCGUCACGAUUCCAGAAGAGCUCAUUCCUGCUGAUUCACAAGUCGAAAUCGACGCCAAAAUUCAAUCUGGAUAUUUUUCUGAUCAAAAGAAAGUCACAGAAGAGGACUUAACCUGUGUUCACGGACGUACCUGGUGAUGCAGAAUUAGUUCUUCUUUUCAUGUAAUUGUCUUUUGAAAUUUUGUUAGUUGCAUUCAUUGUUUCCUCAUAGGUUCAGGUUUUGUUUAUGCCCUUUACGAGCCAUGUCUAUUUACCUUUCACCUUCGUGUUAAUAAUAUUUUUCUUUUUCUUUUAGUCCA